CUUGUGAAGACCAAUUCUGAAGGAUUCUACACACUGAGCUCCUUGCUAUAAAGAUGCAGUUGCCCACCAUUGUCCUCAUAACAAGUUUAUUCUGCGUGGUCAUACAGCCUGGAGUGAUGGUGGAGCCCUCCAAGACUAAUGACUGCACUGGGAUGCCAGGGCUGCCGGGACGAGAUGGUAGAGAAGGACGAGAUGGAAAAGAAGGCCCACCUGGACCAAAAGGAGAAAAGGGGGACAGAGGAGAAAGAGUCCCUGGCCCACCAGGAAAAGCUGGCCCUCAAGGUUUAGCAGGAGAGAAAGGCGAGAGAGGACUUCAAGGUUCCUCAGGUGUAGCUGGACAAAAAGGUGAUAAGGGAGUUCCAGGACCUCAGGGUCCAGCAGGACUCAAAGGUAUUCAGGGUGUAGUGGGACCACCAGGUCCAGCUGGGCAAAAGGGUGACAAAGGAGGUCCAGGAGCUCAAGGUUCAGCAGGGCAGAAAGGUGAUAGUGGCAAUCCUGGAGCUCAAGGUAUAGCUGGGCAGAAAGGCAGCCAAGGAGCUGCUGGGCCUCAAGGUCCAGCAGGACUAAAAGGUGACAAAGGAGUGCCAGGAGCUCAGGGUUUAGCAGGGCAGAAAGGUGAAAAAGGAGCACUAGGAGGACCAGGUCUAGCAGGACCAAAAGGAAGCCAAGGAACAACAGGAGUCCAAGGUCCAGCUGGACAGAAAGGUGCACAGGGACCACCUGGACCUCAAGGCCCAGCAGGACCAAAUGGGCUUCCAGGAGCUCAAGGUCCAGCAGGACCAAAAGGUGACCUUGGAAAACCAGGAGCCCCAGGUUCAGUAGGACAAAAAGGUGAAAAGGGAAGUUCAGGCAUUCAAGGCCCAGUAGGACAGAAAGGGGUACAGGGAACACCAGGACCUCAAGGUCCAGCAGGGCUUAAAGGUGAAAGUGGAAAACCAGGUGCUCAGGGUGCAUCAGGGCAGAAAGGGAGUCCAGGAAAUCCAGGAGCUCAGGGCCCAGCAGGUCAGAAAGGUGCCAGUGGAAAUUCUGGAGCCCAAGGUCCAGCUGGACAGAAAGGCAGCCAAGGAACUCCAGGAGCAGCAGGUUUAGCUGGACAGAAAGGAGCCCAAGGACCACCUGGUGUGCAAGGCCCAGUGGGACAGAAAGGCACCCAAGGGACACCUGGAUCUCAAGGUGCAGUCGGACAGAAAGGUGACAAGGGAACACCAGGAACCACAGGAGCUUCUGGUCAGAAAGGAGAUCGAGGGAUACCCGGGUCACCGGGUACAUCAGGACAAAAGGGUGACCGUGGUUUACCAGGAGCAACUGGUGCCCAAGGAGUGGCAGGAAAAAAUGGAGCACCUGGAUCACCAGGUGGCAAAGGUGACAAAGGAGAACUUGGGCCUCGAGGACUACCAGCGGAUGUCAACCGCGUCACACAACUGGAAAGCCAACUUCAGGCGCUGAAACUCAGCAUCUCCAAGCUUGAAAAACGCGUUCAAUUCCUUAAUUGGAAUUCUUACGGACAAAAGAGUUUUGCCUCCAAAAACGUGAAGUUAUCAUUUGAAAACGGUCUGAAGGUCUGCGCUGAGGCUGGUGGGCAGAUAGCAAUGCCAGCAAACGAAGGGGAGAACAACGCAAUCACCGCCAUCGUCAAAGUGGCCGGAGACGCCUUCCUCGGGCUGAAUGACAGGAAGACGGAGGGCAAAUUUGAGGAUGUCAAUGGGAAGCCGGUGACAUUUAAAAAAUGGAAAGGGGGAGAGCCCAACAACCAUCAAGGAAAGGAGGACUGUACUGUUAUCAUGUCCAAUGGGUUGUGGAACGACGUGUCCUGUGACUCGGCUUACGCAAUCAUCUGUCAGUUUCAGUGAAAUUAGCUGGAAGGUGAAGGCAUGAAAACCGACACCUCAGGGGAUGUGACAGGCCUGUCCUCAAGCAUCCUAAUCCUGCUUCGUGUUCAUAGCUGGCAUUUUGCAGCAUAGCUUCUGUUCAAUAGUAACAUUAGCGCCACCUCCUGGUCACAAUGCAGACUUUUUCACCAGACUGUAACAGUGGCAGCUUCCCAGACCACCUCUCUGGUAUUUCAUCAGUCUUUAUAUAGCGCCUUUAACAGUCUGCCACCAUGCCAACAUUAACGACCCCUCUUGGUCAAGAUGCCUCAGUGCUCUAACACAUUAGAAUGGCAGCACCCAUGAAACCUAAGGAGAACGUGAUGGCUGACGGCACACUUAAUUCCUGCCUAUAGUUUAAUUAAUCAAUCUCUAUAUAGCGCCUUGAACAGUCAGGCUAUAUUAGUCCUUACUGGCAUUCUUUAAAUAAGCACCAAUUGCUGGUUAGGAUGCCAAGAGGUAAUAAGAAUGGCAGCUUCCCGCACCAGCUCCCUUCUCAUGUUUCAACCUGUCACUCUUUAUACUGUGCCUUUAAAAGCGUGUUCUUCUACUCAUUACCAGUAUGCUAACAUUAGCGCCCCCUCCUGGUCACAAUGCAGACUUAUUCACCAGACUGUAACACUGGCAGCUUCCCAGACCACCUCUCUGGUAUUUCAUCAGUCUUUAUAUAGCGCUUUUAACAGUCUACCACCAUGCUAACAUUAGUGCCCCCUCUUGGUCAAGAUGCCUCAGUGCUCUAACAUGUUAAAAUGGCAGCACCCAUGAAACCCAAGAUAAAUACCUUAACUGACUGCACACUUAUUUCCUGUCUAUAGUUUAAACAAUCAAUAUCUAUAUAGCGCCUUGAACAGUCUGGCUAUAUUAGUCUUUCCUGGCAUUCUUUAAAUAAGCACCCCUUCCUGGUUAGGAUGCCACGAGGUAAUAAGAAUGGCAGCUUCCCACACCAGCCCCCUUCUCAUAUUUCAACCUGUCACUCUUUAUACUGUGCCUUUAAAAGCGUUUUCUUCUACUCAUUACCAGUAUGCUAACAUUAGCGCCCCCUCUUGGUCAAGAUGCCUCAGUGUUCUAACAUGUUAGAAUGGCAGCACCCAUGAAACCCAAGGAGAAUGCGAUGGCUGACUGCACACUUAAUUUCUGCCUAUAGUUUAAUUAAUCAAUCUCUAUAUAGCGCCUUGAACAGUCUGGCUAUUUUAGUCCUUACUGGCAUUCUUUAAAUAAGCACCCCUUCCUGGUUAGGAUUGUCCACCACCCUCAAGCUCCAGGCUAUAAGAACAGCAUCUCCCUUCUCAUAUUUCAACCUAUCACUCUUUAUAUAGUGCCUUUAACAGCAGGUUCUUCUACUCAUUACCAGCAUGUUAGCAUUAGUGCCCCCUAUUGGCCAAGAUGAUUCAGCGCCCAAGGAUGUUAAAAUGGCCUCUUCUGUGAAAUCCAACAUUAACUCACUUCUCAUUCUCCAAUCAAUCAGUCUUUAUAUAGCGCCUUUAGCAGUCUGCUAUUCUGGUCAUUACCACCAUGCUAACAUUAGCGACCCCUCUUGGUCAAGAUGCAUCAGUGCUCUAACACGUUAGAAUGGCAGCACCCAUGAAACCCAAGAUAAAUACCUUGACUGACUGCACACUUAUUUCCUGCCUAUAGUUUAAUCAAUCAAUCUCUAUAUAGCGCCUUGAACAGUCUGGCUAUAUUAGUCCUUACUGGCAUUCUUUCAAUAAGCACCCUUUCCUGGUUAGGAUGUCACGAGGUAAUAAGAAUGGCAGCUUCCCACACCAGCUCCCUUCUCAUAUUUCAGCCAAUCACUCUUUAUAUAGUGCCUUUAACAGCAGGUUCUUUUACUCAUUACCAGCAUGUUAGCAUUAGUGCCCCCUAUUGGCCAUGAUGAUUCAACGCUCAAGGAUGUUAAAAUGGCAUCUUCUGUGAAAUCCACAUUAACUCACUUCUCAUUCUCCAAUUAAUCAGUCUUCAUAUAGCACCUUUAGAAGCGUGUUAUUCUGGUCAUUACCAUCAUGUUAACAUUAGCGACCCCUCUUGGUCAAGAUGCCUCAGUGCUCUAACACAUUAGAAUGGCAGCACCCAUGAAACCCAAGAUAAAUGCCUUGACUGACUGCACACUUAUUUCCUGCCUACAGUUUAAUUCAUCGAUUUCUAUAUAGCGCCUUGAACAACCUGGCUAUAUUAGUCAUUACUUAGGAGCACUCACUGAAACAGUGCAUUGCUGCACCUACCACAUAACCAACCAACUCAGGGUCCUAGAUUAGGACCCAAGUGCAGCCAUGCAACGGGUGACACCUCAGCACCAAACUCGUUCAGAUGGAGUGGAGCAGUUUGAGGUUUUUUUUAUGGUGGCUGGAGUGCCAGUUCUGCCACCUACAACCAGGUUUUUCCCAGCCGCUUGGAGGGCCUACAUGCAGAUUAACGUCAUACCCAGGACGGAAGUUAAGGGCCCAACAGAGCAGAGUCACUUUUGGCAUUUUAUGGAAUUCGAACCUUCCGAUUGCCAUCACAGUUCCCUACCCUCAGAGCCACCUCUCUGCCCUUACUUUCAAGUAGUCAUGACUGGCAUACUUUAAAUAAGCACCCCUGCCUGGUUAGGGUGCUGCCCCAAGAGCUCCAGGUUUUAAGAACGGCAGCUUCCCACAACCGUUCCCUUCUCAUAUUUCAACCAAUCAGUUUUAAUAUAGUGCCUUUAACAGCAGGUUCUUCUACUCAUUACCAGCAUGUUAGCAUUUGUGCUUCCUCUUGGUCAAGAUCCCCCCAAGCUGCAAGGUCUAGCAAUGGCACCUUCAGCAAACUGUGUGUUUAUAAAGUGCCUUUAGUACAUUAAUUAUUACCAGGAUGCUAACAUUACAGACAAGAAUACCUAAUAGUCCAGGAUAUGUGAAUGGAACCCUUUGAAAAUUAACAGAAUGUGGAUGCCCUGUUUAAUAAUAAUAAUGUGUUUUAUUUAUAUGGUCUUGUUUGUUUUUGUUUUUCCCAUGUAUUAAAUUGUAAGACUUUUCAUUAAUCAUUGUGUAAAUAUUGUUCUGUUUAUUUAUAAUUCAGUUUCUGUGCAUUUGGUUCUUGUUCUCUUGUGUUCUUUUUAUGCCUUGGGGUGGAGCCCUAAGAGGCGGGGCCUCUCUGAUGUCACCAAUGAAGGACCGCCCCCGUCUGUAUAUUUCAUACUGGGCAGUGGAUCUAUCAGUGUCUCAUUGAUAUCUGGAGUUUGUUUUAAUAAUAACAACAACAACAAUAAUAAUAAUAAUAAUAAUACAACAACAUUUAUUUUAUUUAUAUAGCACAUAAUAAUAAUAAUAAUAAUAAUAAUGAUGCUCAAAGCCCUUUGUUUUUGUGUGCAUUGAUUUUUCUGGCUUCUUGGAUGUACAGAUUUGGACCUAUUUGUCUUGUAUUGCUUUUUUAAACAAUUCUUUCUGCUAUAUUUGCCCUUUUGUUU